GCAGGUUCCGGCUGGGAGCUGCUCCGGCGGCGGGCGGGCGGGCGGCAGGUCCACGCAGCCUCCCUGAGCAGCCGCCUGCUGCUGCCUCUGCUGCUGCUGCUGCCAGAGCCAGAGCCAGACGGGCACUGCGCGGCAAGGUUCACGGACAUCGCCGCGGCGUUACAGAAGAGAGAGUGGCUCAGUCCGCCUCCUGCUCCCCCACACUUCUGCGGGGAGCGGAGCUGACCUCGAAACCUCAAGCUGAUCCUGGAUCGAUGGCAGCAACCAUGGCGACACUGCGUGGGCUGUGGCGGCUUGCCGCCCUGCAGAGCGACAGCGACCAGCUGAAUGGCUUCUGAACAUGGACUGGUCAAAAGUAGAAGGAUUCCCGCUUGUCUUAUUUCUUCUGAAUGGACUUCGAGAUUACUUAAAUCAAACAAAUAGAGAAGAGAAGAGUCCACUGCUGUUUUCACACUAAAACACCAAGAUUCACCACUGCUAAUCUGAAUGGAUGUGUGUAAGACGAGGCAUGGGUUUAUUCCCCCCCAUUGUCUUCCCGCUCCACUGAUGGAUUCACGUGUUAGUGUGCCCCUACUGGGCAGCAGAAACUACACCACCCCAUCUGGUGCAAGCCCCACGCACGAGCUUGGCACUGGUUCACCUACGGAUUCAAGGGUUGUUUCUAUAGUGACUAGCUUAAUUGCCACCACAGUGGAUUUGAUUGGAAGUUCAACAGCAGAAAACCUGUCAGAGUUCAGAGAAGAAGGGAGCAACCUCCAGCAAAUCCACCAGUCCUCAACUCCGUCGCUUCUGAGUGCUACGGAGAAAAACUCAGUCCUGCAUGCUGUUACAGUAGCUGUUCCCGCCCUCCUACUUUUCUCCAUUUUCUUCCUGUCAUGCCUUGGAAAUUUGGCUGUUGUCAUUGUCAUCAUUAAACACAGACAACUCAGAACUGUGACCAAUGCGUUCAUCAUGUCCCUCUCCCUGUCUGACCUCCUCACAGCCAUUCUCUGUCUACCCUUCUCCUUCGUCAUGCUCUUCAGUAAAGAUGGCAUCUGGAUGUUCGGGAAACAUUUCUGUGUGGCCAAUGGGUUUUUCAACACCUGUUUUGGAAUUAUAUCCACCUUAACCAUGACUCUGAUCUCAUUUGACAGAUACUAUGCAAUAGUCAGGCAGCCACAGGCAAAAAUACAGCGUCAGAAAGCCAUUCAGCUGUUGGUAGCAGUGUGGCUAAUGGCAAUUAUUUUCUCUCUACCGUGGUAUCUAUUUGUCCAGAAUCCCAAAGAUAUCCAUAAGAGGGGUUUCUAUCACUGUAUGUAUGUAUUCCAUUCUGGUACCUCCCGCAUGGGAACAACUUACAGCAUCUUUCUCAUAGUUGUGUGUUAUUUAAUACCCUUCUCCUUGAUGUGUUUCUGCCAUUAUAAUAUCUGUAAGACAGUCCGGCUUUCUGAAAUCCGUGUCAGGCCUGUAACCACAUAUGCCUACUUAUUACGAUUCUACAGUGAAAUGCGAACAGCUACAACAGUACUGAUUAUGAUCGUGUUUAUUAUUUUUUGCUGGGGGCCAUAUUGUUUAAUGGGGUUGGUUACAACAAUGGCGGACUACACGUUCAACCCUGCAAUAGACACCAUGGCUAUCUGGCUCGCCUGGUCCAAUGGGGCAAUUAACCCCCUAAUCUACGCCCUGAGGAACCCCAAUAUAUACAUGUUACUGGGGCGCAGCAGAGAGGAGGGCUACCGAACUAGAAAUAUUGCUGCAUACUUCUCCCACCAGACAUGGCAACCUCAGAUUCGAUUGAAUCAACCAGAUCGGAUCAGGGACAGCUACGUGACCCGGGUUUCUGUAAACAACAACAGCCAGCUGUCAAACUCAAGUUCCAGAAGCAGGGUAGCCGGGGGUGGGGAGGUGGCCAUGUGGGCCUAUAAAAACCCUGCCGCGUUCUUCUGCCGGGAGACCCAGUCCGACGUAGCUGCAGAACCCACCUCUGUCAAGGUUCCAGAAGUAAAGACAGCUGACACCAGCUUGUGACACUUCAGCACUUGAACUUUUUGGAUUUACUGUUUUCAGCAUUUCUAGAGCCCCAGAGGACACAACGAUGUACAAACCCCAAUUCCAAUGAAGUUGGGACGUUGUGUAAAAG